AUGAGCGCUUCAGCAGAGAGCGGCGAUGACAUCCGGGGCCGCACACAGCAGAGCCCGCUGGCGUCGCAAAGAGCAAGGGAGAAUGUGAGCGCGGCGCCGGAGCGGCGGAAAGGGUGGUUUCCGCUGGGCUACAAAGAAGGCUUCGCUCAGUGGUGGGCCAGCCUGUCGCCUGAGAAGGCCGAGCAAACCGUGCUCUCCUUCAUACCGUACCUCCAGAAGCCGCCGACGCACACCGAAACCCACUCCGCUCCAAUAUCUCCCGUCGCCUCUCGGGUGAACGUGAAUGAGGACAUCGCAGACGGCGGCCGCACCGUGAAAACAACCUCCAUAACCGACCCCUACGGCCCCCGCCGCUGGCACUCCACUCUCGUCAAACUCUCCGGCCAGAACCGCGCUCUCAACGAAUUCUCCGUCGAGCGCGUGGGCGAAGAGGUGGAAAACAACCUCGUCAUGCUGCACGGCUACGGCGCCGGCCUCGGCUUCUUCUACAAGAACUUCGAAGCGCUAUCCCGAGCGCCCGGCUGGAAGCUCUACGCGCUCGACUUGCUAGGCAUGGGCCGUUCAUCGCGGCCGCCUUUCCGCCUGCACGCUAAGGACCGCCAGGGCAAGAUCACAGAAGCGGAGAACUGGUUCAUCGACGCGCUUGAAGAGUGGCGGAUUGAGCGAAACAUUGAGCGCUUUACGCUUCUCGGGCACAGCCUAGGCGGUUACAUGGCCGUCGCCUACGCCCUGAAGUACCCGGGCCGGCUCAACAAACUGAUCCUCGCGUCGCCCGUCGGCAUUCCCGAAGACCCGUACGCCGUCGCGGCCGAGAUGCCCGAUGGCGCCGACUCAGCCGCUGCGGACCAGGUCACCAACGACGCGAAUACGACCGUGAGCGAUAACAACAACUUCCUCAACGGGCGAAACAGACACUCCACUUCUGGCACCAGCACCCCCACCAGGAAACCAGAGGCGCCCCGUCGCCCCUACCCGCCCUGGCUAACCUACCUCUGGGAGAAGAACCUCUCGCCCUUCUCGCUAGUGCGGUGGGCCGGUCCGCUGGGGCCCUCCCUCGUCUCCGGCUGGACGAGCCGGCGCUUCGGCCACCUGCCCGCCGAAGAGGCCCGCGCGCUGCACGACUACUCGUACAGUCUGUUCCGCCAGAAGGGGUCGGGCGAGUACGCGCUCGCGCACAUCCUUGCGCCGGGGGCGUUUGCGCGGAGUCCGUUGAUCAGGCGGAUUCAGGGGGUGGGGAGACAGUAUCUUGCGCCUCAUGAGGGCGCGAUGGCGGAUGCGGCAGGGAACGAAAGGGCUGGUGCUGCCGUCGGGGAGGGUAGUAGCGACAAGGCCAUGGUUGGGGAGGGCGCCCAAGGACGGCGGGCGUCAGACGCGGCGAAGGCGGCGAGUGGCCGCAGCCGGGAGAACGGGAUUCCGGUCGUGUUCAUGUAUGGAGAGCAUGAUUGGAUGGAUGUCAGGGGUGGGUAUGCGGCGCUGGAGAAGAUUAGGGAGGAGAAGAGGGCGGCGCUUGAGGGUCUGGAUCAGAAGGAGAGGGAGAAAGAUAAUGGAGAGGCCAAGGUGGUUAUUAUUAGGAAGGCGGGGCAUCAUGUCUAUUUAGACGGGGUGGAUCAGUUUAAUGAGGUUAUGCUUCAGGAGAUGAGGGAUGUGGCUGAGAGGGAGAGGAGGGCGGAACGGUGA